CGUGCUGUUUGCACUGUUUGCAAACCCGCCUGCGACUGACGCUCCAGAGCUCCGGAGACCGCACGCGCUGGGAGCUAGCAUGUCAGCCGUGGUCCUGCAGAACGGAGGCUCGGUCAGGAAACUCAGCGACUUUGGACAGGAAACAAGCUACAUUGAAGACAACUCCAAUCAAAACAGUGCCAUAUCACUGAUCUUCUCACUCAAAGAAGAAGUUGGUGCGCUGGCCAAAGUCUUACGUUUAUUUGAGGAGAAUGAUAUAAACCUGACCCACAUUGAAUCAAGACCUUCACGUUUAAAGAAAGAUGAGUAUGAAUUUUUCACCUAUCUGGAUAAACGCAGCAUGCCCGCUCUGGCAAACAUCAUCAGAAUCUUGAGGCAUGAAAUUGGGGCCACUGUGCACGAGCUUUCCCGGGAUAAGAAGAAAGACACAGUGCCCUGGUUCCCAAGAACCAUUCAAGAGCUCGACGGAUUUGCCAAUCAGAUUCUCAGCUAUGGAGCGGAACUGGAUGCAGACCACCCCGGCUUUAAAGAUCCUGUGUACCGAGCAAGACGGAAGGAAUUUGCUGACAUUGCCUACAACUAUCGACAUGGGCAGCCCAUCCCUCGAGUGGAAUACACGGAGGAAGAAAAGAAAACAUGGGGGAUAGUGUUCAGGACCCUGAAGUCCUUGUACAAAACCCAUGCUUGCUACGAGCACAACCACAUUUUCCCACUUCUGGAAAAGUACUGUGGCUUCCGCGAAGAUAACAUCCCCCAGCUCGAAGAGGUUUCUCAGUUUCUGCAGACUUGUACUGGCUUCCGCCUCCGACCUGUGGCUGGCCUGCUUUCCUCUCGGGAUUUCUUGGGUGGCCUGGCCUUUCGAGUCUUCCACUGCACUCAGUACAUCAGACAUGGGUCCAAGCCCAUGUAUACGCCUGAACCUGACAUCUGCCAUGAGCUGUUGGGACAUGUACCCUUGUUUUCAGAUCGCAGCUUUGCCCAGUUUUCGCAGGAAAUCGGCCUCGCCUCUCUGGGUGCCCCCGACGAGUACAUUGAGAAACUCGCAACAAUUUACUGGUUUACUGUGGAGUUUGGGCUCUGCAAGGAAGGAGACUCCAUAAAGGCAUAUGGUGCUGGGCUCCUGUCGUCCUUUGGUGAAUUACAGUAUUGCUUGUCAGGCAAGCCGAAGCUCCUUCCUCUGGAACUGGAGAAGACCGCUCUCCAGCAGUACACAAUCACAGAGUUCCAGCCCCUGUAUUACGUGGCUGAGAGUUUUAAUGAUGCCAAGGAGAAAGUGAGGAACUUUGCUGCUAUAAUCCCACGGCCCUUCUCAGUUCGUUAUGACCCAUACGCCCAGAGGAUUGAGGUCUUGGACAAUACUCAGCAACUUAAGAUUUUGGCUGACUCCAUCAAUAGUGAAGUUGGAAUCCUUUGCAGUGCCCUCCAGAAAUUAAAGUGAAACCAUGCACUGAACCUGAUCUGUCAACUUGAGAAUCUGUUGAUGGAAAUCCAACUACUUCUUUCAUUUCAUCUGAAAAAGUCUGAAAAGCAAACCUUAAUUCAAGAUAACAGCCUUGAAUCCUUUCUAGAACAAGAUGGAGGGUCAACAAAUAAAUCAAAAUAAUCUGAAAUGACAGCAUGUUAAUACUUACCCCAAAGCAUAAUGGUAGAUCUUCUGGGGUCAUCUUUGAUUUAGAGAUGAUAAUCCCAUACUCUCAGUUGAGUUAAAAAUCAAUAACCUGUCACAUUUCAUCAGAGUUAAUGAAAAUUCGGGACCUGCUUCAUUCAACCUUCCUAAAUACUUUUGUUAUUUGCUCUAGAGAAUUCCUAAAGGAGUAUAUAUCACUCGUUGUGAAACACAAGUCUGUCAGAAUUGAAUUAAUACCUUUAUUGGAGUAUAAUUGCUUUACAAUGUUGUGUUAGUUGCUGCUGUAUAACAAAGUGAAUCAGCUAUACAUAUACUUAUAUCCCCAUAUCCCCUCCCUCUUGUGCCUCCCUCCCACCCUCCCUAUCCCACCCCUCUAGGUGGUCACAAAGCAUCGAGCUGAUCUCCCUGUGCUAUGCAGCUGCUCCCCACUAGCUAUCUAUUUUACAUUUGGUAGUGUAUAUAUGUCCAUGCCACUCUCUCACUUCGUCCCAGCUUCCCCUUCCCCUUCCCCAUAUCCUCAAGUCCAUUCUCUAUGUCUGCGUCUUUAUUCCUGUUGCAAAGGUCAUUUUCUAUUUCAGGGAACUAUGAUUCUAAUUACUGCUUUGUUAUUUUGCCUGUGGAGAUUUUCUUUAAUUCAGGAGCCUAUUAAAAUAGUUAUAAAUAUUAAAGUUCAAAGUGUAAAAUCAAAACAUUUCUGUAUGCUUUAUUGUAAUCAUAAAUGCUGCCGUGGAGAGUAGCAGAACUCCCCACCUAACUCCUGCAACGUGCAGUGUCAUUCUCCAGUUGAUUGUCAAGUCUGCUUUUGGAGACAUUUUGAAGACCCUUAAGAUGCAAUAGAUGUUAAUUAAAAGCCUGGCUGGUAGAUAUUCAGUAAAUAUUCAUUGAAUGAAUAGAGGAAUGCAUUAUUAAACAUCAAAUCUUCUACAGAUGUGAGAAUUUUAAUUAUGUUUAAAAAAACUUUAAGGGUUACACAAUUUUGUAGUUUCAAAUAUUUCUUGGAAUGAAAUAGCCCUCUCACUGCCCUUAGAAAUAUAUUAUCUGGAUAAACUUGUGCUGAAAGAAUGAUCAGAUUCCCAGAUUUCCAACCCAUCACAGGGGCUCAUUGUGAUAAUCCAAGUCAGGUCAACAGAUUUUUACUUUCAUUGGUUGUGCAUUUUACACGAACACAUGAAUAUGAGAAACAGUGGGGAGAGUGACAAUGGCUUAAAAGCUUUGCUUUAAAUUUUCACACCACUCUACCGUAUUAUUUGGGAAAUAGUUAAAGGAUUUUUGUAGUACUUCUUCAAGUGUGAUUCUCAGACCAGUUGUAUCAUCAUCAACAGUAAAUCCUAGGUGCCGUCCCAGCUUACCCAAAUAGAAUAUCUGGGGAUGGGACACAGAGACCUGUGUUUUUAAGUACCCCAAGCGAUUCUUUUAUGCUCAGUCAAAUCUACUGGGUACAUCAAGUUUGAGAAAACCUGACUUCUGGUGGUCAGUUCUGCCACUUGCCAAUUAGGUCACCUUGCAUAAGUCACGUCCCCUCUUUGGACCUCAGUUUAACUCUAACAAUGAGGCGUUAAACUGGAUGACUCAAGAUCCCUUCCAGCCUUGAAAUACAUUUCACAUGCUAACAUGUGUCUUUAAACAACUGUCCCUAAUGUAUUAAUAGGGUGUAAUAAUACCUGCCUAAGUAUGCCAGCAGGGUGGAAAGAGCAAUUUGGUCUGAAUGUGUCUGAGGUUUCAUUGCUUUGAAGCUGGGAUUUUCUUGUCUGUAUGUAUUUCCUCAUGCCUUUGAAGAACCCAUUGACAAGCACUGAUUCUAAAAGCGGAAGUGGGCUUUUUCUCUGGUGUUCCUUUAGUGCCCAAAUACUCUGCAAAGGGACUAUUUUGAUAA